AUGGGUGUGGGAGGGAAGUUCUGGGAUUUGCUGAGGCCUUAUGCUCGACAUGAAGGGUUUCACUAUCUCAGAGAUAAACGGGUUGCUGUUGAUCUUUCCUUCUGGAUCAUUCAGCACGAGACUGCCGUUAAGGGCUUCGUCCUUAAACCUCACCUCAGGCUCACUUUCUUCCGAACAAUCAACCUCUUCUCCAAGUUUGGAGCGUACCCAGUUUUCGUGGUCGAUGGAACACCUUCACCAUUAAAAUCUCAGGCGAGAAUCUCCCGGUUUUUCCGAUCUUCGGGAAUUGAUACUUCGAGUCUACCUGCGGUCAAAGACGGCGUCCCGGUUGAGAGAAAUAAGCUGUUUUGUGAAUGGGUUCGGGAAUGUGUGGAGCUACUUAAGUUGCUGGGGAUCCCGGUUCUGCAAGCAGAAGGCGAGGCUGAAGCUCUCUGUGCACAACUGAAUAGUGAAGGUUAUGUGGAUGCUUGCAUUACUCCUGAUAGCGAUGCUUUCCUCUUUGGUGCUAAGUGCGUUAUCAAGGCCAUCAAGCCUAAUUCUAGAGAGCCAUUUGAGUGCUACCAUAUGUCAGAUAUUGAAGCUGGCCUCGGUCUACAGCGGAAACACUUGAUAGCCAUGUCUCUAUUGGUUGGAAACGACUAUGAUUCAGGUGGUGUUCUUGGUAUUGGCGUGGAUAAAGCCCUUCGCGUUGUCCGUGUGUUCUCUGAAGACGAGAUACUCGAAAGACUACAGGACAUUGGAAAAGGGUUGAAACCUGCAGUUGAUGGUGGAAUCAAAUCUGUGUAUAGUGGGGACGAAUCCCGCUCCGAGAUGAAGAGAAGGCAUCCUCACUGUUCUCGAUGUGGACACCCGGGCAGCAAGAGAACUCAUUUUAAGUCCUCUUGUGAGCAUUGCAGUUGUGAUAGUGGUUGCAUUGAAAAACCAUUGGAGUUUAGAUGUGAGUGCUCCUUUUGUUCCAAGGAUCGAGAUUUGAAGGAACGGAAGAAAACCGAGAAUUGGUGGAUCAAAGUCUGUGAUAAGAUUGCUCUAGUGCCAGGAUUUCCCAACAGAGAGGUUAUUGAGCUCUAUCUAUCUGAUGGUUUCACAGAAGAUGGCUCUUCAAUGUCUUGGGGAACUCCUGAUUCUGAAAUGCUAGUGGAUUUCAUGGUUUUCAAACUGCAUUGGGACCCGGCUUAUGUUAGAAAAAUGUUGCUUCCGAUGUUGUCGACCAUUUAUCUAAGAGAAAGGGCAGGAAACAACACGGGAAAUCCAUUGUUAAAUGACCAAUACGAAUUUCAUUCAAUCAAGUGCAUUAAAACUAGAUAUGGGCAUCAGUCCUUUGUGGUAAGGUGGAGAAAACCCAUAUCUACAAGUGGUGUUACUCCGGGUGAGGCAGAAGGAUCGAUUGAUGUAUGGGAGGAAGAAGUGGUUGAAGACGAGGAGUGUGUUGAUCCGUUAGAUGGGUUAAAUGAGCCACAAGUGCUGCACGAUAACAGUGAAAGCUUCUUGCUAACUGAUGAAUGCAUAGGGCUUGUUCAGUCUGCUUUCCCUGUUGAGACAGAGCCUUUCCUGCGUGAGAAGAAACUGCGAGAGACGAAAAAGAAGAAUGUUUCUGAAGAGGCAGCAUCAUCAUCAUCAUCACCAAGAUCAACAACAAUGGGUGUACAAAGAAGUAUUACCGAUUUCUACCGUUCAACGAAAGCAGCACCAGCUGAGAGUAUUGACACAGGAGGGAGCUCGAGAGCUUCUUCUACUGAAAAGAAGAGACAAGCAACUUCUACUAGUAGCCUUCCAAAGUCUGUAAGGCGUCGUCUUUUGUUUGAUUAG